AUGAGUGUCUCCGAUGUAUCCACCGAGUCAGAAAUGACCGCAGCCGAAGAAGAGGAAGAGCGCCUAAAUAUUGGAUUAUAUAUUGGCGGUCGUAACGCAACUGGUCAUCGACACGGUCGUGGCUGGGCAAUCCUCCCGAAUGGCGAUCAAUAUGAUGGACAAUAUCGUCAGGGAAGACGCCACGGUACAGGCCUGUAUGUGUUUAAGGACGGUUCACGCUAUUAUGGAUCCAAUCGCUGCGGACAUCGCUCUGGUCGCGGCAUGUUCAUCUAUCCUGAUGGCAGCAUGUAUGAAGGUUGCUGGCGCAAAAACAUGAAGCACGGCAAAGGCCGCUACAAAUAUGCUAAUGGCGAUUGCUACAUGGGCAACUGGUACCGGGGACUGCGACACGGCGUUGGUGUUUACUGCUACAACUCCAGCGAUUGCGGGGAACUUCGCUUCAAAGGCACUUGGCGUCUGGGCUUUCGUGUUGGUCCUUUUCAAAUAUUUUUUGGCAAUGAAGAUCAUUCAACCAUAUUACAUGGCAACUAUCAACGGUAUAUCCUAAUGGGAUUUUUUCAAACGCCCGGGAUGGCAUAUAAAAUUAAAAAACGAGUUGAAGGUAAUGGGGAAGAGGUGGCUGGAGAGAUCGAGUCGGAGCGCGAUGAAGCUGUGUUUGUUGAUGUGCUACCUUCCCAAUGGUUUGCCCAACAUAUUUGCUACUAUGAUUAUUCACAGCUGCCACAGGAACCAGUGCCAUUACCAUUAUCCGAUUCUGAGGUGUCUGUCUGUUCGCUGAGUACUGCGCCAACUGAGUUGACACUUCAGCGAAGUAUUCUGUUUGUGGGAAAGGCUGAAGAAGAAGAAGGAGAGGGUGAGUGUGUAGAAUGUAUACCGUCUGAAGGUGUCAGCGAGAGUGAAAUCGAUACGGAAAGUGAGUGUAUUCGCAAUCUUCAAGCUGAUCCCUGCGCCAUCGAAAUUAUCACCGUGAAUAAAGAGUGUUGAUUUGGUCUUUAAUUUUCUUUUAUUUCUUCUGAUGCAAAAAUAUGUAUACUUGCUACGUAAUGCAUGUUUGUAUAUACAUACAUACUUAAUUUUGGAAAAAAUGAAAAUAUUCAUAAAACU